AUGGUCAAGGAAAAGUACAAAAAGGCGGUAAGAGACCGAACACGGGCAGAGAAGAAUGCAGCAGUGCUAUUCUGGCGAAAUAGAGACAAGUUUAAAGUCAGAAACGGAAAAAGUAUACUUUUCCAUGACAAGAAGCGUUUAGUUAUUCAGGAAUGUAUGGCAGACAUGAUCCGUAAAAAGCAAUUGAAGUUUAAGGAUAGUGGGGCUCGUUCGCUAGCAUAUGACAUGAAGCAAAAGCUAUCUGGUAUAAGCGAACGGAAAGUAAGGACAGUUCUUGACCAAAGCGAAAUGCACGGCAACCUGAAUUGUAAAUUUACAAAUAAAGCUCCCAUGAAGUUUGUUGAAGCAAAUUAUAUAUUCGAGAGGGUCAAGAUAGAUCUGGUCAAAAUGUCAGAUGUUGAGUUUGAAAACAGGAGGUUCCGAUACAACUUGACUCUGGUAGACGUAUUUUCCAGGUACCUUUUCUGUCGACCUCUCGAAAAUAAGUCUUCAAACUGUGUUUCAAAAGCUUUAAAGGAUGUUUUUGGAGAGCACGAUUGGCCGAAAAUCGUACAAUGUGACAACGGCUCGGAGUUCCUAGGUGAAGUUGAUAGGCUGUUAAAGAAUAAGAAUGUGAAAGUUAUAAAGAGUCGGCCAUAUCAUCCUCAGAGCCAAGGCAAAGUAGAACGUCAGAACAGGAUUCUACGACAAAAGAUAAUGUAUGAGAUGUGCAGGUGUCGGCGUAGGGGCUUUAACUGGGUAGAAUGUCUUCAAGAUAUAGUUAACAGCAUAAUCAAACAACCAAAAGAGGUUCUUUCAUACCAGACUCUUUUUGCCGUGUAUUUUGGGCGGGGGUAUGAAAAAUCAGCUGAUGAAACAAGGAAAAAUGCUAAACGCGCUUCAAUUAAAUGUAACAAGCGGCUGAAUGAAUCUCAAAUGAAAGGGCGGCCGUGCACUGUUUAUGAGAAAUCGGGCGACUAG